CGUCGCAUCGGUGCUAUCUUCAUCGCUAUCAGCAGCAGUCGGCAGACGGAGGAAACUGAAACGAGUUCGCGUCGGGGUGCUCCUUGGGUGUGCCAAGCUUUUCGAAGGGCGGGAAUUUUUAUUUUUUUCGGGCAAUCUGUGGCGACGCGGCUGUCGGGCCCCAGGUCUCGAUCAGCAGACAACGGGUGGCACAAUGGCCCCAACUUCAUCGUUGGCGUCCACACCGUGGCAGUACUAUGUGCCUUUACUGCUCGCAUCUCCCAUGGCGCUGCUGGUGAUGUCAAGGCUGUGGCGCCGUUACCAAGCUCGGAACGCCUGCCUGAGGCACCAGCACUUCGUCAUCACUGGUGGUUCCAGCGGGAUAGGCCGUGCGCUUGCCCGGGCUGUGGUUCGGCGAGGUGCCAAUGUGACGCUGAUUGCACGCAACAUGGACCGGCUCGAGGAAGCGAAGAUCGAGCUGCUAGAGGAGGCAAGCUCACCCGAACAGGCCAUUCACACGCUCUCGGCUGACCUGACGAAGGGCGAGGCCGGGGGGGCAGUGCUCACCCGUGGCAUUGAGGAGGCCGAGCAGGUUUGCGGGCCAGUCGACUACCUGGUGAACUGUGCGGGCUCCGCAAUCAGCCUGCGGUUCGACGAGACACCACUAGCCGAGUUCCAGCGCAUGAUGGAGGUCAACUACCUGAGUGCGGUGCACGCAACCCGGGCGGUGCUAUCAGGCAUGAAGCAGCGAGGCUCGGGCAGCAUCACGUUUGUGUCGUCCAUCGCAGGCCUGAUGGGCGUGUAUGGCUACACGGCUUACUGCCCGGCCAAGUUCGCCCUCGUGGGACUCGCACAGUCACUCCGCAUGGAGGUGAAACAUCGUGGCAUCCACGUGAUGGUGGCCUUCCCACCGGACACGGACACGCCAGGCUUUGCAGAGGAGGAGCGCACCAAGCCGACCGAGACGAAGCUAAUCUCGGCAACAGUCGGCCUGUGGUCGGCCGAUGUGGUGGCCAGCUCACUACUGCAGGACAUGCUCGAGGGCAACGUGACUUCGGUCCAGGGACUGGACGGCUGCAUGACGAUGACGCUGUGCGCGGGCAUGAUGCCACCUAGCUCGCUGCUCGAGGUGGUCGUGCAGGCCCUCACCAUGGGCACACUGCGCAUUGUGGGCUGCCUGUACCUGUCGCACUUCUACAGGCUCGUGGCACGCUGCGCGGCCAACCGCGAAGGCAGCAAGAAGGGGAGCUAGCUCGUGGCAUUUGGGAACAGCUGGAAAGACUUGGUGACACUGGGAAGUUUGUGACAUUUUGGGGCUUGAGGCAGUCGCCAAGUUUUGGCAGCUGGGGACAGUCACACACAGAGAUGGGUAGGACACUUUCCAGUGGAUUUGUAAACUGGGUGAUUGACACUGGGGAGCUUGUGAUGGUGAUGGUGACACAUUUUUUUACUUGUGAUGGUCACUAAGUCGGUAACUCAUGACAGCUGGGGACUGUCACUUACAAGGAACGGUAGAUCACUUCUGUAUGUAUUUGUGGGUAACUGGCACCAGUAAGCUUGUGACAAUUUGGGACAUUUAUGGUGACACACCUGUGACUCUUUGGGACUUGUGUUGGUCGGGGAUGGUCGCUUGCAAGCAAGGGCAGAACACUUCUGUGUGGAUUUGUCUGGUUGAUGGACGCUGAGAAGCUUGUGACAGUUUGUCUCUCUAAUGGUGACUGACUCUUUAGGACUUGUGACAGUCAGGGAUCAUCACAAGUCCUGUGUAUUUGUAAAGUGGAUGAUUGAAAGUCUUUGGAAGGAAUCCCUCUGCUCUUAAUUUGACAAAUGUGUGUGUUCUAUUGAAUCACCAAUGUUUCCCUCUCUUCUGUUCACAAAUGCGGUAAUUGGGCAUUUAUUUUGGCCUCACUGUGCAGAAAAAUGCGUGGAAGGUAGAAGACAAGGCUACACUUGACAGCAUAAUCUCUGUAACUGUUACAGAUGGGUAUAGUGACAUAGAGAGACAAAGGCAACACCUUGUAUUUGACGAGAAAGAAGCUGUGGUCCCCUGCAUCUGCAAUCAGCACACCAAUCAAACGACGAAUUUGACAAGCCCCAAGUUUUGUACGCCAGCUAGUCAGGAUCACUAGCCACUGCCUGCUGCAAAUUGCAAGGGCUUGCUGUGCUUGCUGAAGGCUCCCGAAGAGAACUAUAACUGCUGUGCAAAAAUUUCAAACUCACUGUCACAAAUUUCUACUAGUGAGCUUAAAGCUUCUGUACAACUAGCCGUGCAAGGUUUGAAAGGUUGUGCACGUUGCAAGACAAAUUGUAUUGCCGGCAAUCUCAGCUUGUCAGUGGAUAACACUGUGGUGGAAAGUCAGCUGUCCAUUAGAACACGCCAUACAAACUCAAUUACGAGCAAGUGUACUGAAUAUGCACACAAAUUAUUGCCAUGGUAUAGCCUGUCUAGGACAUUAGGUAGUUUGUAUAGGAAAUGUGACACAAUUAGUUGUUCCACUUCAGUUGGAAAAGGGGGCAGGAACGUGCAGAUUGCCAUCUUUUGUUUUUUAUACUGCACUCAACUAGUGCUUUAUAUUCCUGUGACCUGUUAGCACGCGUGUUAGGUUAACUAAGUGUUCACAUUAUCUCUUUGUGAGUGCAGCUAUAGAGAACGAAGAUGUCAGGUGAGGAGCUCAUGCAGCCAGCUUUCUCCUGCAAAAGCGAACAAGACAAUGGAAUAACGUACAGACAAAUGUUGGGUAAUCACAUGUUUUCUUUCUUUUUCAUUCUUUCUUUAAUUUCGAAGUAACCUGUGUGCUGUACAAGACUGUGAGUGCUGCCUACAAGCUGUAAAGCCUGAGCACAUUUUUUCUUGCUUCCAGUAUGUGCACUGAAAUUCCAGUUCAGCAAACACUCGCGUACCAACAUGUUCCUACUCCAACAUUGAGCCGUCCACAACUAGCCUACCUCCUCACAUGUGUCGAUUCUCGAUUACAGCUUCUUAUCUCUCAGGGGUUGCAUUCUUGUUUGUGUACAUACCAAACAAACUUGCAUGUCGUGUUACAUUUAUGGAUUGUGUUCAUAUGUUUGUGCGUGGUGUGUGCGAGUGAUUGAGUACUGUGACCAGAUAUUGCUGAUAACCUGAUGUGCACAUGUUAGUAGUGUUAGUAAGCUUUGCAAAGAAUGCCUCUGGGCCUUCUUCAAGUAUUCACAAGGAAUGCGCUGUUUGGUCACUGCUGAAUUGAGGCGAAUGGAGUCUGCUGUGUCGAAAAAAAAAACUGAAAAUCUCCAGUCUGUUGAGAGUAGAUUUUUCCUUUUUCUUCUUGAACCUUCCUUCUUGGCCUUAGUCCCGCUGAGUUGCAGGGUUGGGUCUUCGAGAACUCAGUCUCCAUUUCUCUUUAUGUUUCUUUCUAUUAUUUUGCUUUAUUUUCAUUAGAAUGGUGGAAAAUUACAAUUUUUUAGGAAAAUAAACGGGCACAUACUUCAUGCACCACAGUUAGGCAUGCUUCAAACUGACAUAAAUAAUGUGAUGAUUUAACGUAAGUGGAAAACUGCUAUGCUAUAUUUACACAUGCUGAUAGAUAAGUAUAGAAUUAAAACAUUUAUUUUUGAUCUGGAGUUGUAGAAUUUAGAUUCAGGGUUUCACUUUUGCUUAUAUCUACUAAUUCUAGGUAAUACAGUCGAACCCACUUAUAACAAUGUUCAAGUGCCACGAAAAUUUUGUUGUUAUAACUGAUAACCGUUGUAACUGGGUUGCAUGAAAAUAUAAAAAUAGGGGGAUGACAGAGCUGAUCUGAGAAAAGUAUAAUGGAGGGGAGGCCAGUGGCCUCCUCACCACCUUCCUCCAUCCGUCUGCUAAUUGUGUUCACUCGUUUAACUGCUUCCUGGGUGCUCCAAUCGCAUGUAACAAGCCGUGGCUGUUGGCAUUAAAGAAUGGGGUCAUUAAAGGGGGGUCACUGGUGACAAGCUUUAUGUGAGCUCCGCCGAGGCAUCUUGUUGGUGGCUUCAAAAGGGGCCUUUUAAAAAAUGCAGGAAGGUUGCCGUGGCAGCCUGUCAGCUUGAGAAACCAGGAGAAACGCUGCAGCGAGAUCUCCACAAACCUCUCGCCACAUACUUCUCACUGGCUUGCACAAGAAAACCCCAUGUCCGUCAGCCUUGCAUGCUUUACGCGAAGCUUGCCAACAUCCUUCUCUGAUGCAUCCAGGUGCUCCACGUAGUGCAGCAGAAGGUUUCUCGCGAAGAUGAAGCCCUGAGGGGGGGGGGACUGAAUCAUACGCCGGGCCUCUUGUGAGGACAACGUUGACGCAGCCUGCCCUACUUCAUUGUCGUCGCUGUCGCUAUGUGAUGCAAGCACGUUCGCAACAAGUGCCUCAUCAGUUAGAAGCACUUAGUUUCAAAAUCUAUAGCCAUGCACUUUCUUUUCACCGGCAACGUCGUGCAUUGCCGAUAAUCAGCGGGUGAAUCAGCCAUGUUCUGUUUCGGCAGCUAAUCAAACGAGGCUGAGAAACCUUACAUGGCCAGUGACGAUUUUGAUGCAACCAACAAAGACGAAUGUGAGUGCUUAAGCUGUUUGCACAACUACCGAGCAAGCUGGGAGCAGCACAGCAUGUGCAGUCCAUUUGUGUUUCAGAGGGUGGCGCUGCGUAGAGCUAUGAGCACAGCCCAUUCGUGUUCGGAGGGUUGGAAGGGCGAUGGGAGAGAGGUGCGCAGAGAAGGCUGGAAAAUGAGUGCGCGGCAGCUGUUGGGGCAGCGGGCCAUCGUGCAGCGGUUCAAAUUCCUCAUUUUCGUUUUUCUUUUCAAGGAUUUCGCAUUUCACUACCUUUCGGCACGGACGCCCAGCAGCCAGAA